CAUUUCGCGCGGUCCACAACCUUUUAAUUUUCUCUCUGCCUGCCCCCGCUGCCCGCACGUCCCUCGUUCGUUCUCCUCCCUCUUCCUCCUGGUUCGAUUGCUGGUGCUCUUCAGUUCGACUCCAUUUUCUUCCUCCCUGCUUCCCAGUCCGUUCACUCUGUUUCCCUCUUCUCUCUUUCCUAUCUGUGGCACUCCCCUUUCCGACGGACCUUGCCUUCCCUUUCAUUUCCUUUCCUCUUCGUCUCUCUCUUCCCUCCGAGUGCCGCUGUUCCUUAGAGAGAAGUCUGCACCUUUCCCUUUCCUUGUGCUCCCCUUGCCUGUCUGCUGCUGCGCUUGUGCUGUGCUCGGGGUCUGGGCUCUCCUCGUUGCUAAGCUUCUGACCGAGGAGGAGGAGGAGGUGGUGGUACACAACGUAGGGCAUGCUCAGGACAGCAGGUUAGAGAGGCAUAACAGGCAUGCACGCUGUGUGGUCUUGCCACACGCGCGAUAAAAGUCGCGAGGGAAGGGAGCUUGUGUGUGUGGAAUAGUCGGGUGUUUAGGUUUUUGACAGGUUGGAGGACAGGACAAGCUUCAGGGAUUGCGAUAGGUGCAAAGGCGCAGGGAUGGAGGUUGUUGAACUAUCAUUGGAGCAGUGAAUAUUUGAAGGCUACGGGGAACAGUGCGGGCGAAGACGGAGCAGUGUCUUUGUGGAGCUGUGGUUUAACAGUAGGGUAUAGUCGGUGGAAUAUUGUGCUAGUGUAGGACAGGAAAGGAAAGGUUGCAGUUCAGGAUCGCGCGUUGGUAGUUGUAGUUUUCUGGUGAACCUGAUGUUAGGGUGUGGGAGAAAGUCGGAGAAUUGGACGAAGUGGGGAGGAUGGAGGGAGAGGUGAUUGGAAGGGAUUGUUUUAUGGAAAUAGGCGCGGAGUACAGGGCGGUCACUUCUAGAGCGCUGUUUAGAAAGGAUAGGGUUAUUAGCUGGCUUGAAGAGAAGAGUUUGGGUUGGAGAGUCUCGAAUAGUUGCGAAGUUGUGUUUUGGUUGUGAGCUUCAAGCUAGCUCCACUAUCUCACUAUUGUCGCGGUGAGUGUGUCGCACCGUCGUUUCCCAUUCCACUGUUACCAAGUAACCGAAUUACGCUUCACAUCCACAGUCAAAUAAUAUUGGGUAUGUGUUGGUCGCUUCAACUCUCGGAGCACGGAUUUUCUCCAGUAUUUUUUCUUCCUACUUGCAGUCCAUCUCGGUUGCUUCUACAUCCAAAACUGGUAAAGGGGCCGUAUACAUGACCGUCUCAGCAAGCCGCACAAACCCCAUGGAUUUCAACUAUCUUCAGUACAGGGUAAUUACUACAGGCAAGGAGGAGAUAGGGAUAGGAGAAAUGCUGUAUUUAUCGAGUGGGUGGGCGAUUGUCAGCUUGUCUCGAUUGUGAGUGCCACCAGAAGUGUUUGGGCAGCGUCCUCACUUGAAAGGGCAACCCUGGUCUGUGAACCAGAACCUUGUUGUAAGCAGACUCCCAGUCAGGCAGGAGUGUGACUGCAAGUGCGGUUGAACCCUAUGUUACAAUCUCUGUAGUGGAUUGCUUGGCUUAACAAGCAUGUUCGCACAACUCUUUGAGCGUGUGAAGGUGUAUCGGUUGAAUGAUGGAGGAAAAUGGGAUGAUAAGGGUACCGGCCACGUAUCCCUCGAAUAUUUGGAGAGGUCUGAAGCAGUCGGAUUAGUUGUGAUCGAUGAAGAGAAUAAUCAAACUUUGCUGAUCCACCGUAUAUCUGCUGAUGACAUAUACCGACGUCAAGAAGAUACAAUUAUCUCAUGGACGGACCCAGAAGUUGCAACGGAUCUGGCCCUAAGUUUUCAGGAGACCAUGAGCUGUUCAUACAUCUGGGAUCAGAUUUGCAGCGUUCAAAGAUCCAUCCAAUUUCCUGCUGUCGGAGCUUUGGACAGUGUGGCACGGCCAAUCAAUGAUGAUAUGGAACAUUCAGGCAUGUCUCAAGACGACGGCCUGCCACCAGUGGAGCUGGGCACCCUUCCUCAGCUCGUGAAGGCCGUAGCCGAGGUGGCGCAUUUUGAUCGUGAUCGAAUUGCGGCUUUGAUUCUUCGGGAGCAAAACUACAUCCGGAAAAUCAUCGAACUUUUCAGAACUUCUGAAGAUUUGGAGAAUUUAGAAGCGCUUCACAUGUUGUUCAAAACAGUGAAAGGAAUAAUUUCACUAAAUGAUGUACACAUAUUUGAUGAUAUCUUCAGCGAGGAGUAUAUAAUGGACAUUGUUGGUGCUUUGGAGUACGAUCCAGAGCUUCCCGUGAAACAGAACUAUCGUGCUUUCUUGAAGGAGCAAGUGAUUUACAAAGAGGUUGUACCAAUUCGAGACCCCAAUAUCCUCCUUAAAAUACACCAAACUUAUCGAAUCGGAUACAUCAAGGAUGUGAUACUACCACGGGUGCUCGAUGAUCAGACAUUCGCAACUUUCAACUCAAUCAUGCUUUUCAAUAAUGUGGCGGUCGUCUCGGCUUUACAGAACGAUAGCGGCUUUCUCAGCGAGCUGUUCACCAAGCUGUGGUCACCGAAUACAUCCGAAAGAGGCAGAAGAGACCUGAUUCUCUUUGUGCAAGAAUUCUGCAAUCUCAGCAAGCAUCUGCAGCCUGCUCUGCGAAAUCAGCUAUUGGGAGCAUUGGUUGCGGAGGGUCUUUUUGACAUUGUUACCAACACCCUUCAAAGCGCAGAUGAGAGUGUUAGAUUGAGCGGAAGCGACAUAUUGAUUGUGGUUUCAAACCACCGGCCUCCUUUGCUGCGUGCUUUUCUCGUGCAACAGCAGGGCCAAGUCCUGUUCAGCGUAUUGGUCAAAGGGAUGUUGACACCUGGAGAAGGAGGGUUUCAGUCACAACUUCUGGAGAUUAUGCGCACCCUUCUGGACUCGGACACAAUGGAUCCGGCCCAGACGGAUAAGUUCCUCGAUGUAUUUUAUGACAAAUAUAUGGAUCAACUGAUUGAAGUUUUAACAGCCGGAUGCCCUUUAAAGGGAGUUGGCGGCGAGCCGAGCAAACAACCGUCUCCUUCACCGUCUCCUUCCCCAUCACCAUCUCGUGUUCCUGCUCCUCUUGUUCCAUUCAUACCAAAGAGUUCAAUCACGCCUGAAAUUUUGAUGAGCAUCUGUGACCUCAUGUGCUUCUGCGUGCAACACCAUAGAUUCCGGAUAAAAUACUAUGUAAUGCGGAACAAUGUUGUGGAGAAAAUAUUGCGGCUUACUCGUAGGAAGGAGAAGUACUUGGUUGUUGCUGCCGUUCGCUUCCUGCGGACUUGCAUCGCCCUAAAGGACGAAUUUUACAACCGGUAUCUGGUAAAAAAUAACCUCUUUCAGUCUGUUAUUCAAGCAUUUCUCGCGAAUGGCAAUCGCUACAAUCUUCUAAAUUCAGCCGUCCUUGAGCUGAUCGACUUCAUCCGGAAAGAAAACAUUACCAUCCUCAUAUUGCAUCUAGUGGAGAACUUUUCAGAGAAACUGGAAUGCGUGGAUUACGUCGAGACUAUUCAAGCUCUAAAGUUGAAGUACGAGCAGUCACUAGAGGGAGUCUCUUCAAUUACUAGGGAGGCUGGAGGAGGUGUCACGAGUGGUGGUCCAGACCAUGGCUCUGUAAGAGUACGGGAGCGGAUGAAUCAGAUAGGAUCUUUGGCGGAUUCGAGAAAGCGGAGGGAUGAAAGAGCAUUAGACAAGGAUGAAGAAGACUACUUCAAUGAAGACAGUGACGAGGAGGAAGAUACAGCUUCUGCACAAGAGUCCACUCCAAGCCCACCUGUGCAGCCAAGUAUCUCCAACGGCAAUGUGCUUGUUGAUGUACCUUUCAGGAAUACUAGGAUAACCGGUUUGGUCGACUACGAGGAUGAGGACGAGGAAACUCCCGUUGGACUGGGAAGUAAUGGGAAGGAGGGUUCUUUCGAUCGGAAGGUUGACAGCAUACUUCCCCCUUUACCAAUAUCUGAUCAAAUAUGGCCUGAGAUGGAGGAUGUACCUGUGAAACGCAAGGUAAGUCCCUCUCUUGAGUCAGAAGAAACACUCGAAGCCGCAGCUGCCAAGAGAAGAAAACCGGAGUGCGAGCAAGCGAAGGACGCUGUCGAUAUGUCAGUUGCUGGGGACGCCGAGAAUUUGCCUUCUCAUUCACCAAUAGUCAACGACACAACAGAGUCAUCUGACAUCAGUAAAUUGGAUGAAAAAGUGGAAAUAGUAGUUGGAGAGGACAAGGAGAACGCGAACAUGUCUAUCGAUCAUAGUGGGGAUGAGAAGCGGCAAUCAGAGGGUGAAACUCCUUCAGGCACACCCUCAGGUAGUGAAGUCGAAGGGUCUAACGGGUUCGAGAGUAGGAGAAGGGGUGCAGAUUGUGAGUGUGGGAGCGAGAAGGAGAGUACCCAGGGUGACUGCAAAGGAUCACUUGAAGGGUCUGAGAGAGUAGGAGUUGGAGCCAAGGAAAACAACACGCACCCUUUGAGUCUAGGUAGUGACGCGAAACUGGCGAGUUUAGGAAACGAGAUCUUAAGGGGAGGAACUCAGCCUUCACCGGGGCCAUAUACGGUUCGAUAGUCAUGUUUUUGGUAGAUAUUGGGCUUCCUCUUUUUCUUAUUAAACAUCGGAUUCCCUGUACAAGUUUGCAGGCUGCCCAUUGUAGUCUCAUCACAUUUCUCUUCCACUUUUUCUUGAAUUGAAGCAAUAGCUGGUGUUUGUGCGGAUGGGUGAGAGAAUGCAGAGCGGGAAAGGAAUCUGGAUCAAAUUUGUGUAGACUAGGAUUCAAGUGCCCCUGUGAUUGUUGGGUCAACUUGGUAUUGACGGCAUUGGAGGAUAUGUACUUCGUAAUCAGGUCAUAGAAAGCCCUCAUUGGGGCAUUGUUACUUGUAUGUCAAAGUAAAGUUGUUGGGAGCAAAUCAUGGGUUCCUUGUAUUGUUGGAAGCAAGUCAUCAUGUUUCAUCUGCCAAGGAACCAGCAGUGUACAUACACGGAGGUCUGUAUUUUGAAGGAGUGGAAUGAUAUUUUCUUCCACGCAGAUGCGAUCUGACACUCAUGUGUACAUGUUCAUGAACUUA